AUGCGCGAGAGCGCCGUGCGGCAGCGCGAGGCCGAGCUCCGAGAGGCGCUCGCAUCGCCGUCCGGUUACGGCGCAGGAACGCAUGGCGGAUGCGGCGAGCCACUCUGGGACGACAGCGUCACGGCGGCGGUCGAGGUUGAGCGCUGCCGAGCCGACUCACCGUACCUGUGGCAACUUGCUGAGCCGAGCCAGUACUCUGCGGCGCUCGAGCGCGUGCUGGCUCGACCGGGCGGGCCGGCGAUGCUGUGUGGUGCCGGCGGCGAGGAUGGCCUGUUCGGCGCCUUCACGGUGAGCGUGCCUGCGGCUGGCGGCAGUGGGCAGACCGUGACCGUGAGCCGCGACCUGCUCGACUCUGCGAACGAGCUCGCCUUCCUCGAGAGCCGGCUCGGCUGCUCCUCGUGGCCGCUCGGCACGGCGGUCGUCGACCUCGGCGCCGGGUACGGCCGGCUGGAGCACCGCGCGGCCGCUGCGCUGCCGCACCUCCGCCUCCUCGCCACCGACGCGGUGCCUCUCUCGCUCGCGCUCUGCGAGGCGUACCUCGCCGCCCGCGGCGUGCCUUGUUCCCGCGCCAAGGUCGAGAUGCCGCUCGCGGCGGUGCGCUGGUGGCUCGAGGCGCUGGCGGCGGCGCGAGUGCGGCAUCUCUUCGUCGCGACGAACACGGCCGCGCUCGAGCCGCCCACGGCCACGCUGCGGCUCGCCACCGACGCAGGGGAGGACCUGCUGGCCGCCCUCGAGGAGGCGGGCUUCCGCCUGGCUAGGGCUGAGCCAAAACAGCUGAGCGAGGGCGACCUGUCGACACUGCUCCUCCCCCUCGCGCAGGUGCGGCUGGUGGACGCGUGCUCCCCCGAGGACGUGCGCAUCAGCGGUGAGGGCGGCGGCGGCGGUGAUGGGAGCAGCGCGUGGCGCCCCUUCGCGGGGUGGGCCCUCGGCGCGGCGCAGCUCGAGCGGCUGUGUGACGCGUGGGAGGCGAUGGGCAUGCCCCGCCCCGCAGACGCAGAGCUGCGCACCUACCACGGGCGCGCACCUCUCGCGGGCGCGCCGGGAAAGUUGCAGCGUCGAGCGACCGGACACGACUACGUCCUCUUUUUGGAGGACGACGCGAGCGUCGCCGGCGCAAGCGGCGAGGUCCCGUCGGCGGCAGACAACCGGCGAGGCUGGGCGCGCGCUUGGGGCACGCUCCAGCGGCAAGCCUCUCUGCUGGCGGCGCGGGGCGUUGCGUGGGACUUGCUCUACCUCGGCCGGCACCGCCUCGCUUGCGACUCCGCCGCCGAGGGCGAGGCGCUCGUCAGCGCUGCGAUGCCCGUCGACGAGCUGCUGCCAGCCCUCUACGCACCCCACCCGCGCGCGGACGUCGCGGCGUGGGCGCGCGAGGCGUUGCGCGGGACCGAUCCGUUCGCCGCGUUCGCCGCUCGCGACGACCUGGUCCACCAGCUGGAGUCGCUCUCUGACGACGGAAAAGGCAACUGGCCAGGCCUUCCCUCGUGGGCGCAGCUCGCGCGGCGCGUGAGCCGCGGGCUGCGAGCGGCGGUCGACGAGCCGACGCUAUGGCGGGGCCUUGUUCGCGCGUCUGGCGCCUCGCCGCCGUGCCAGCCCGGCGUGGCUGCGCGAGCCUCGAUUGCUGCGCGGCACGCCUCCGGUGCGGUCCACCUCUUUGAGCCCUUCCCCGUCCCACUGUUCUGCGGGGUGCGCUCGCUCGAGCGUUGGGCGCUCGAGGGCCUCCUCGCCGCUUUUGCGCCGCACAGUUUCGCCGUCGCCGACCAGGGCGCCGCCUCGGCACCCCUCGUGCGCAUGUCGCUCCUCGAUUUUGCUGGCCAGCGCGGCGGGGAGGAGGCCAAUGGAGCGGAGGAGGGGCCAGGGAAGGGCCGGUGGGCAGAUGGAGAGCCGUUGGUGCUGUUCGAGCGCGAGCUUCCUUCCGAGCUGCUGGCCGACCGGGAGUGGCUCGUGGUGAGCCCUUCUCGCUCGGGCACGCGCUGGCACACCGACCCGUACGAGACGAGCUUGCUGCAUGGCCGCAAGCUGUGGUGCCUGCUCCCGCCGUCGGCGGCGCUGCCUCCAGGCGUGGCGAUCGGUGCCUCCUCCACCGCUGCGGCCGGCGCCUCGCUCGACGCGCCAGCGGCGUCGGAGUGGUUCCGCCAGCGCCUCGCGCCGCAGGACUCGCCGGGCGACACGUCCGGGACGCGUCAUGACGUCUCCCCGCUCUGGAUUGACCAGCGGCCGGGCGACGUCGUCUUUGUCCCGCGCGGCUGGUGGCACACGACACUCGCGCUAGACACGUGCGUCGCCUUCACGCAGAACAUGGUGCUGCCCGCCGACGCGCGCGCGACGCUGCAGGCGCUCGACGCGGAGAUGUUUCAGGCGCGCGCGGCGGGCGCGCUGCGGAGGGUGCUGUGGGAGAGGCACGAGGAUUGAGUAGAGACUCUGUGUGAAAUACGGUAUGUGCGUGUUAUAGGGGUAAGAUAGAGUGUAUAUCACUGUGGCAGUCGGGUGUCUCUCGGGGCUGUCGGCUCUCACAGGCUCAGCGUGACAGUCGUCAUGCACACAUGUGGGGUCAUGCGCGCGCGCAGUGACUCGCUCUAUCUGCACUCUUGUCCUUGUGCAA